AUGGCCCUGGGUCUCCUGUGGCUGGGCCUCAUCCUGCUGGGGGCCCUGCAGACCCAAGCCCAGGACAUACCUUCAUUCUGGAUCCCAGUGCCACCUUUGAGCCAGAUCCCCCUGCAGCCAGACUUCCAGGAUGACCGGUUCCAGGGGCACUGGUAUCCCAUAGGCUGGGCACAGAACACAAUUUGGAAUGAAAGCCUAAGCCAAGGACUCAAGUUAAACUCCACCUAUGAGCUGAAAGAUGACCACAGCUACAAUGUCAAUGCCACCUGGUUCAGUGACAAGGGCUGUUAUCACAAGAGCAGCACUAUAGUCCCAAGUGAACAACCUGGACAGUUCACCCUGGGCAAUCUGGCAGGUUUUGAAGGAUUACAGCACUACACCAUGAGAGUGGUAGCCACCGACUACAAUCAGUUUGCCAUGGUGUUCUACAAGUUGAUUUUCAACAACACGGAGUACUUUGAACUCAUUCUCUAUGGGAGGGCCAAGGAGUUGAGCCCUGAAGUGGAGGACCACUUCUUCAACUUUGCCAGAUCUCUGGGUCUCUCUGAUGACUACAUCUUCUUCAUUGAGCACAUGGAGAAUCAGUGCAUCGAUGACUGA